UGGUACCUGUUUGUGGGCGGACUCUCCUCAUUCUGUCCUGGAGCUGCUCUGUGAGCACUGAUGGUUUUGAAACGACAUUUUGACCCAGAUUGUUCUACGAUGAAGCCGCGACGCCAAAGCUCCGCUCUUCUGCUGUUGGGGCUCUACCUCGGAGCAGUGGCAGUAGUACACACAGCACAAGAGAACACUGGAACUGUUUCAUCAUCUGUUUCAAGCACUCCAAAUUCCAGUAUCUCCUCUCAUGUAUUCAAUACGAAACAGUCGCUGACCACACUCUCCCCGCAGGGGAGCACAAGCACGUCUUCUCAGCGAACAAGCACAAAAAGUUCAUUCAGCCCAUUAAUGAACAGCACAUUCAGCCCACCAAUGACCAGUACGUCUAGCCCACCGGUGAACAGCACAUCCAGCCCACUGGUUAACGGCACAUCCAGUCCACUGAUGAACACCACGUCCAGCCCAUCGGUGAACGGCACAUCCAGCCCACCAAUGAACACCACGUCCAGCACAUCGGUGAACAGCACAUUAAGCCCACUGGUGAAUGGCACGUCCAGCCCACUGGUGAAUGGCACGUCCAGCCCACCGAUGAAUGGCACGUCCAGCCCACCGAUGAAUGGCACGUCCAGUCCACCGAUGAAUGGCACGUCCAGCCCACCGAUGAAUGGCACAUCCAGCCCACCAGUGAACAGUACAUCCAGCCCACUGGUGAACAGCACAUCGAGCCCGCCAAUGAACGGCACGUCCAGCCCACCAAUGAACGGCACGUCGAGCCCACCGAUGAAUGGCACAUCGAGCCCACCAAUGAACGGCACGUCCAGCCCACCGAUGAAUGGCACAUCAAGCCCACCAAUGAAUGGCACAUCGAGCCCACCGAUGAAUGGCACAUCGAGCCCACCAAUGAAUGGCACAUCGAGCCCACCAGUGAAUGUCACGUCCAGCCCACCUGUGAAUGGCACAUCCAGCCCACUGAUGAAUGGCACAUUGAGCCCACCGAUGAAUGGCACAUCGAGCCCACCGAUGAAUGGCACAUCGAGCCCACCGGUGAAUGGCACAUCCAGCCCACCGGUGAACGACACGUCCAGCCCACCGGUGAAUGGCACAUCCAGCCCACCAAUGAAUGGCACAUCCAGCCCACCAAUGAAUGGCACGUCCAGCCCACCAAUGAACGGCACGUCCAGCCCACCAAUGAACGGCACAUCCAGCCCACCGGUGAACGGCACGUCCAGCCCACCGGUGAACAGCACAUCCAGCCCACCGAUGAACGGCACGUCCAGCCCACCGAUGAACGGCACGUCCAGCCCACCGGUGAACAGCACAUCCAGCCCACCGGUGAACGGCACGUCCAGCCUACCGGUGAACUCCACGUCCAGCCCACUGGUGAACAGCACGUCCAGCCCACCGGUGAACAGCACAUCCAGCCUACCGGUGAACAGCACAUCCAGCCCACCGGUGAACAGCACGUCCAGCCCACCGGUGAACAGCACAUCCAGCCUACCGAUGAACACCACAUCCAGCCCACCGGUGAACAGCACGUCCAUCCCACCGGUGAACAGCACAUCCAGCCUACCGAUGAACACCACAUCCAGCCCACCGGUGAACAGCACGUCCAGCCCAUCGGUGAACAGCACAUCCAGCCCACCGAUGAACACCACAUCCAGCCCACCGGUGAACUCCACGUCUAGAUCUCCAGAAAAUAGCAGCACAUCUGUACUACCAGCAAAUGUAACUGCCUCCACCCUGCCAGUGAACACCAGCACAUCUGCCCCAUUAUUCACGAGUUCUGCUGUCACCAGCACCUCCUUUACUACUCCACAAAACCUGAACCUCACUACGACUGUUAAUGUCUCAUCCACAUUGCAGCCAGACAAUACUGCAGCAUCUAGUGGAAGGACAGUGGUGUCUGUCACAAGCUCAAAUAAUACAGAGGGUCCAACUCUCUCUGCCACGACAGCUGGUGUAAACAUUACAAGCACCAUGUUCACACACAAUGAGUCAACAAUUAACGUGACAACCAGUUCGAGUUUGACUGAUCAGUCUACAACCUCUUUUCUGUCUACAGUUGUUUCCAAUUUGAACAGUACAACCUCUACCAACAUGAGUGUAGUACCCCCCAGGACUUCUGUCAUUUCAACACCAACUCCAUUGUCAAACUCCACUGCUUCAAAAGUGACGUUGACAUCACAGGUAACCACACAACAGCCUGCCAAUGCCACCAAUAGCCAGAGCACCAUAACACUGACAAACACUGUUCUGACCUCCUCAACUAGUCAGCAGGUCAGUAACACUGUUCCAAAUGGCAAUACAGUACCUGGCACCACAACCAGAUAUGUAACCACGAGCAAUAUACAGUCAAGCAGUACCACAGCAUCCCCAGUGCUAACAACCAUGAAGACCACCACUAAGGUGUCUAGUACCACAGCAACCCCAACAUCAAAUUUCCUUAUAACUUUCAGAAUUAUCAACAAGAAUUUUGAAAACGCUUUGAAAGAUAAAACUACUCCGGAAUUCAAGAGCUUGAGUGAUCAAGUUAUUAAAGCGCUGGCUGAUGCUUACAGUUGUUCUACAUGCUCCCUCCGUUCAGCAUAUAGGGGUUCUGAAGUUCUGCUUUUCAGGCAAGGAUCAGUCAUCACUGAAACUAAAUCUACCUUCAACUCGGAUGCAUCUGUAGACCAGGGCACAGUUGAACAACAGUUUACAGCUGCCAUAAAGAAUGGUACAAUCAACAAACUACAGGUCAAAGAUAUAGAAGUGCAAGAGAUAAAACCCAGCACAACCACAACGACCACAACUUCCCAGGCUCCAAUUGUCCCUGGCUGGGGUAUUGCUCUUCUGGUCCUUGUCUGCAUCAUUCUCCUGUUGAUCAUCAUCAUCAUCCUUCUCAUUAUAAUCUACCUGUGUCGCCGCAGAAAUCAUGGGAAGUUUGAAAUGUUUGGUUCUCGAGGAUCAUACUACCCAAUGGCAGAUCGGAGUGAUUACCCACAAUACAUGACUCAUAGCAGGUUCAUAGCACCUAAUGGCAAGCAGAACUCCUACAAUCAGGUAUCUGGGAAUGGCACAAACAUGUAUUCGUAUACCAACCAUGCUGCAGAGUCAGAUAACUUGUGAACACAUCUGAAGGAAGAUUUCAUGUAGAAAGCUGCCUCUGAUUCAAACUCAAAAUGGGGCAAUUAUGAAACUAAAUUUUAACUCUUCUGUCAUUUUUUUUAAAGAAAAAAAAUCGAAGAAAUGUUCUUUCAGGGAAAAUGUUGGAUCUCCUCCACUUGCCAAUACUGACUGCAGGUUAUGUGGAACGAUAAAAGAAAUGAAGGGACUUAUAAUGCAUGAUGAAUUCACUGUGCCUGCAUACAACUAAACAUUCAAAGUUGUUUUAGGAGAUAGGUCAAUUUUGCUUGGGAUGAGUUAGUAUGGAACAACCAUUAGUGUUGCACACAAGAUGGCCAAAUCAAAGGUGUGGGGGGGUAGGGGGGAGAAUCUAAUUCUAUUGUCAUGAAUAUUCAAAGUCCAACAUACAAAUUAGGUGCCAGAGUAGGCCAUUUUGCCCUUCAAGCCUCGCCUAUCAUUCAAUAAAGUUCAUGACUGAUCUGAUUGUGGCCUUAUAUUCAUACUCACAUGUAUCCCUGUUAAUUUGCAACUUCCUUGUUAGUUGUGAAUAGCUCUAUACAAGAACCAGUGUGAGGGAGGAGGGAUCCUGUGGGCUGUGGUGUAAAACAGGAAUAGCUAGUGCCUAGCAGGCUGUGGCAUUGUAUAAUUCCCUUACUGGUAGGACCCUUUAUUUUCCAAUCACAUAAGCAUUAUUGAAAAUUUACAUUUUUACUGGUUAAGACAAAUUUAAUCUGAGAAAACUGUAUGCACAAAUGAACAUGAGCACAUUGCUUUGAAGAUGCAAUAGUUUCUGAAGUUUGGAUUAGUUUGGUGAAGCAUGAGGAGACAGCAAUUGUUGCUAAACUAAUAGCAAUCUUUUUACUGAUUCUGAAAUGAUGAUCUUGUGUUAAAUACAAACACUGCUUGGUAGUAAUGGUUAAAGUUAAAUAUGCUGUUUAAGGGGCCCUCUUCUACCACUGCACCUUCAACUAAAAGUCCACCCAUGUUGCCAUCCAUGAUGCUGGAAUGGAAGGAUGUACAGCAUCCAAAUACCUUUCAAGUCUAUUGAAUUUUGGUUUGGAGUUAAUAGCUGAUUUCUCAUCAGCUCCACAUGUAAACCCCACAGGCAGAUUAUUCUUCCUGUUACUCAGUGAACAGGAAAGAAGCAUUCUAUUGUCACAUAUUCACAUUCUGCUUAUCUCCCAAUAUUAAUUCAUGCAUAGUAUGCCAAAUCAUAUCUAAAUAUGUAAACAAUUAUUUAUGGUCAGAGUCACAGCAGUAAAUUUCCAUUACAUGGAAGAGAAUCUCUUUGCCCCGUUGCCUGCACUCCCUCACUAUUGCCGAAAUCCCUUCAGCCUCUUUUUUGAACAAAGACAAACAAAAAGACAGGAAGUGUUUGUAUUUAACACAAGAUCAUCAUUUCAGAAUCAGUAAAAAGAUUGCUGAUCUGCUAGGUAAAAACAAUGACUGCAGAUGCUGGAAACCAGAUUCUGGAUUAGUAGUGCUGGAAGAGCACAGCAGU